AGCAUAUCAUACAACGCGUCUUUUCGCGCGUUACGUAGCUGGUAUGGUUAUACUGCAGGUUUUCGUCUUCGUUGAUACCUGCGCACACGGGCGAUGAUUGUCUGUGCGCCUUCUCCUGCUUCACCUUGACCCAGACCUAAUCGCGAAUUCCAUCAGCCAUGUCCAAGUCAGGCAAUCUGGCCGCUCUGUCGGCCAUCCUGAAUCCAUCAGACAUACCGACCGUCUACUACGCCGAAGAUCCUCCCUAUCUCCCUCGUAUACUUGUCUUCUACUGGCCUGUACAGGCUGUGGGCUCGUUGGCCUCGACCUCACGAAUACGCACGACGAUCCUCUCCGCAGCCGGCUUCAAGAGCUAUGGUGCUUUCUCAGUUGCUCCGAAUAGUAGCUAUUACUCCGCAGUACACAAGCUACCAGAAGAUAAGCAGAGGGACGAUGUGUUUCGUGGUAUUGCGUUCGCUCUUUGUCGAUAUUUUUCUGAAGUGCCAACCGAGGUCAAGAAUGCCAUUACUGAUGAAAACUUGCACCAUGGCAUAGCAUUGAAAUGGGGUCAAACACACGCGGCCCAAGUCACUGGCAGAAUGAGCAGGGUUCUAAAUGCCGACGAAGUCAUUGAAGCACUCAGACCCUUUUCCAAAGAGCGGCCAUCAACACCGCCGACUCCAGUCAAACCUGGCCUGUCGAUCAGAAAGACGAGGCCAUCAUUCUUGCCUUCGGAGGCCAAUAAUGGUGGCACCAGUAGAGUUGGCAACAUGUUCACUCCUUCAAGAAGGUUGCCAAGCGGCCCUGCAAAGCGGUCUCCAUCAGCCGCUACGCCGGGAACCCGGAAAGGCAGUGUUUCACAAGCACCAAAGCAUUCGCUAGACCAGCUGGAGUCACUACGUUUCAAGAUGUGUGAAUUCGUCGACACAGAGGACAGAUACAUCACGAGGCUGCAGGAUUUGAUAGAUCUUGUUACCAACCAAGGCCGAACGCAAAAGUCAUUGAGCUCAAAACUGCAAGGGUCCCGAAACCAAAAAGCUGUGAAUGCCAUGAUACAAUUUCCUUCGUUGCUGGAUCAGAUCAAGGAUCUGAAUUUGGCUUUUCUAGAUGACAUUGAGACGGUUCUCCAGAGCUCAGAGGAUGCCGCUCUAACAUUCCUUGACCGAGCGGCCCAGAACCCACAACUCCUUCAGACCGCGAAGGAUCCAAUGGGAAUUUCCAGCUUUGCUAAAGUGCUCCUCAACCACUUUCCUAAGUUCCCAAUGCCGUACAGAGAGUACCUUGACCUUCAUUCUCAAGUGGCCUCUAACCUGGACCAAUUUUUGAAGGAAGGCACGACCUCUAUCCAAAAAGCACCGUCGCUGCUUAUGGAGCCAGCACAACGUAUAUCUAGGUACGGCCUGUACAUUGACACAAUGCUUCCUCAUGUCCCUGCAAAUUUCACAGUGGCAAUCAAGACCCUCGAGAAAGCUCGCAAGAUUAUUGCCGAAAUAUGCGAGAUGGAACCGGCCGCCUCAACAAUACUGGACUCUCUUCGCAUUGAGCACGAAUCACGCAGAAAGGGUCUUUCACCAACAAAACUGCUAUCAGGAUUGACGCGGUCGAAUGGUACGAUUAGAGAGGCACCUGCUCUGACAGGCAGCAUUAAAGGACGGGACGUUCCUCGUCUGUUUCCCAGCUUGGGAAGAAGCUUGAGCCGUCGACAGAAGACUCCACGACCGGGUCUUGCUGGUAUACUCUCAGAGCAGGACCCAGAGCAAGUCAGCAACUUAGCCAGGGCUAGUUCACGCAACGACGAAAAUAGACCUCUUACCUCCAGUUCAGGUCUGUCUGCAGGAUCAGUAGUCAAGAGACCACUGACCGCAGGGUCGACAACAACAAGUCGAUCUGCCCCAAGUCCGAGCCCAGAUGCUCGUAUCUUGCCCACAGGCCAAGUAGGUAAACCUGCCGUGUCCGUUGCCAGCUUAGAACACUACAAAGCUGAAUUGAUGCGUGUCGAGGAGGAGAAUUAUAAACUUCUUCAGGAAAACGCCGAGUUGAAACGACAAAUUCGUGAAUGUAAAUGUGGUGGCGCGCUGAGGCGGUGAUCGCUCAGGGAAGGAUGCGCGCUGGAAACUGUGCUACUACCACGUCGGUGCUGCAUCUCAGUCAGCAAAAAACGGAAGAGGCAUGCAGGGGGCGGAGAAGAUGUUAUGAUUUACGAAAAAGAACAGACUGCCAUGAACCUCGUUGUUGAGGUUUAUUUGCUUUUGGCGCGAUCUGAUGGGAUUUGCUUUCGGUUCAAAGCUUGUGUAUUUUUACGACGAGCCAGCAUGAAUAGCGGCCAUGGCAGCAUUGCAUUAUUGUGUUGAACGAACAAGCAUUGGCUUUAGGUAUCAAAAAAUGGGAACG